GGACUCUGCAGGAGAGAAGCCAUGGUGUGUAGUGAGGGGUGUCAGUGUCAACCACCGCCUCCUCACGACAGGCACCAGUGCAAAGUGUGAGCGUUGAGGACCCCACUGCCCGCCCUAUGCCUUGGCCAGGGUCCACACCAGGCCACCAUGACAGCCACUGGGGAGGUGGGUGUGUGCUCACACUCAGUUGGGGUUCAGUAGGGAAAGCCAUGUGGCUUCAUAUCAGGGUGGGUAGCCACGUCCAGACAACAGGUGCAGCCCAGCCAUGGGGCUGGAUGGUGACGGACAGUGCGCCACCCGUGGGACAGACUGCCAGUGGUGCUGUAGCUGGACAGGGGCCUGCUGAGUUCUGGGUUCUGUCCCAGCACCCCUCUGAAGCAAGAAUUCCUGCACAGUUUCUCCUCUCCUAAGGCUCCAGAGAGGCUGCCUCACACACCAGAACUCCUCGCCUUCCCACAGAAGGGACCGGAUACCUGUGACCCUCCAGCCCCCGCAGCAGUGAGGAAGCUGCCUCUAUGAGGGGCCUCCUCUCUUUGCCUUACCUCCUUCUCCUGCCACUGAGCACCUGCUUUCCCCUGCCGGACCGAAGGGGACCCACAGACGUUGGUGACAUCGGAGCCAGGAUGAGCUGGGCCCACCUGGUUGAGGGACGCAGACCACACUCGGUUGGAGGCCCCUUCCUGUGGCCCAGAGCACCACAGCCGCAGGCCCUGCUUGUGGUGGCCAAGGAACUGCAGGCCUCACGCAGGGAACACACGGGCUUCCGCCUGGGGAGGCAGGAUAGCAGCGGCCAGGCUGCAGGGUUCCUGCCCACUGACUCGGAGAAGGCCAGCAGCCCCCUGGGGACCCUGGCGGAGGAGCUCAGCAGCUACAGCAGGAGGAAAGGAGGCUUCAGCUUUCGCUUUGGUCGGUGAGGGCCUUUGUGGACUCCGCCCGUCUUUCCACCGUUGCCCCCAACCGACGCCCCGCCCCCCAAGGACCCACACUUGGAGAGGGCAAAGGCCUAUCAUACUGAAUUAGCGGUAGAUAGCUGUGCGCUCAACUUUUCGUCUCCAACUUUGCUAAGCUGAAAAACUUGGGUGGUGUUUAAAAAACGAAAUCACCGCCCUCCUUCCCCACCCCCAAAACCGUACACAAGAGCAAAUGUGUCUUGGUUAGCAAGACUGAGUGUCCUUGUCCUACCCCACGACUCAGGCUGCUGUCUGUCUCAGCCGCCCCCUCCCCCAGUGGUCUGACCGCAGCAGCCCCCAGCCCCCAGAGGCAGUGAACGCAGUGGACCCCUGGCUCUGUCGACAGCUCAUUUGAUGGCAGGUGGGCCGCGAGAUUACAGCGGGAAAUCAAAGUCCUGACGGUCCCCACAGGGACGCUGGUAACUGACAUCUGAAGUGCCACUGUGACAGAGCACACUCCGCUGUGCAUAGAAUGCGAGUUACGAACGAAGGGAAAAACAACCACCCAAACAGAGCCAAGACAGUGAGCGCGCUCUCCGCCCCAUUAGCACAAGAUGCCUCUGGCAAGAAGGCCCUGCGGUGGGCGGCAGCGGCUGCCCUUUGGACGGCCCGCCCAUCCCCUCUGGCAGCUGGCCUCGUCCAUGGCAGUGUCUGCCAGGCCAAGGGCCUCAUGGGAACUGAACUCGAGGAAGGGACGGUUUCUUGCUAAGCAAGGUUGAGUUUCAAAUACCCAAACUAGGAAUGCGCCGUGUGUAUCUUUUGAAAUAAAAGUUGUAACAACUGCA